CCCCCUGCUUUCCAGUCCCCCACCUCUCUUAACCAUUCCAAUCUUUCCCUUCCUUCUCUCCUUUCCCCACCAUUUGCCUUGAAGAAACAUCCCUCCUCCCUCCUGCUCUUUCCACCUCUCUCUCUCUGUAGUCUGAUAUUGAAUGAUCAAUAUUGACAUAGUGAUUGAAUAAUGGGGACUCCGGUCAACAUCAUCGUCGGGUCUCAUGUCUGGGUGGAGGAUCCUGAGCUCGCUUGGAUCGAUGGAGAAGUCACGGAGAUCAAAGGCAGCGAUGCCACCAUAAUCACCAUGGACGGCAAGAAGAUAGUGGCAAAUCUUUCCAGUAUCUAUCCAAAGGAUACAGAAGCUCCUCCAGCUGGGGUAGAUGAUAUGACCAAGUUGGCCUACCUCCAUGAACCAGGAGUUUUAUAUAACCUCGCUUCCCGUUAUUCCCUGAAUGAGAUAUAUACAUACACAGGGAAUAUAUUAAUUGCCGUGAACCCUUUCCGAAGGUUGCCCCAUCUCUAUGACGUCCAUAUGAUGGAACAGUACAAUGGUGCUGCUUUUGGGGAGCUAAGUCCACAUCUUUUCGCAGUUGCAGAUGCCUGCUACAGAGCAAUGAUUAACGAUCAUGGGAGCCAAUCUAUCUUGGUUAGUGGGGAGAGUGGGGCUGGUAAAACAGAGACAACAAAAAUGCUCAUGAGAUAUCUAGCUUUCAUGGGUGGAAGAUCAGGUACAGAGGGUCGAACAGUAGAGCAGCAAGUCUUGGAGUCUAAUCCAGUAUUAGAAGCAUUUGGGAAUGCCAAGACAGUCAAGAACAAUAACUCAAGUCGUUUUGGUAAAUUUGUUGAAAUCCAAUUUGACAAAUAUGGGAAGAUUUCUGGAGCUGCAGUCCGCACGUAUCUUCUUGAGCGCUCGAGAGUUUGUCAGGUAUCUGACCCUGAGAGGAACUAUCAUUGCUUCUACAUGCUCUGUGCUGCGCCACCAGAGGAUGCAAAGAAGUUUAAAGUUGCAGAUCCGAGAACAUUCCAUUAUUUAAAUCAAACAAAUUGUUAUGAGGUAGCAAAUGUGGAUGAUGCAAGGGAAUACCUGGAGACGAGAAAUGCCAUGGAUGUUGUUGGAAUUAGUCAGGAAGAGCAGGAUGCAAUCUUCUGUGUAGUGGCUGCUAUCCUUCACCUGGGAAACAUCGAAUUUGCUAAAGGGAAUGAAAUCGAUUCCUCAAAGAUAAAGGAUGAGAAGGCAGUCUACCACCUUAAAACAGCAGCAGAGCUGCUAAGGUGUGAUGAGAAGCUACUUGAAGACUCUCUUUGUAAGCGUGUGAUAGUUACACCAGAUGGCAACAUCACAAAGCUUCUUGAUCCAGAUUCUGCUGCACUAAGCCGUGAUGCUUUAGCAAAGACAGUAUACUCAAGGUUAUUUGACUGGAUUGUAGACAAAAUCAACAGUUCAAUUGGUCAGGAUCCUAAUGCAACAAACAUAAUUGGAGUACUUGAUAUCUAUGGUUUUGAGAGCUUCAAGAUAAACAGUUUUGAGCAACUAUGUAUCAACUUAACCAAUGAGAAACUGCAGCAACAUUUCAAUCAACAUGUAUUUAAGAUGGAGCAGGAAGAGUACACAAGAGAAGAAAUCAAUUGGAGUUAUGUGGAGUUUGUUGACAAUCAAGAUGUGUUGGAUCUUAUAGAAAAGAAACCUGGAGGAAUAAUUGCACUUUUGGAUGAGGCAUGCAUGUUUCCAAAAUCAACUCAUGAGACAUUUGCACAGAAGAUGUACCAAACGUACAAAGCACACAAGCGAUUCAGCAAGCCAAAACUUGCUCGAACUGCCUUCACCAUCAAUCAUUAUGCCGGAGAUGUCAUAUACCAAGCUGAUCAGUUCCUUGACAAGAACAAAGAUUAUGUCGUGGCAGAACAUCAAGCUUUAUUAAAUACCUCAAAGGAUCCUUUUGCUGCAAAUCUCUUUCCUCCAUUACCUGAAGAAUCUUCAAAGCAGUCCAAGUUCUCCUCCAUCGGUACUCGCUUUAAGCAACAACUACAAUCGCUCAUGGAGACUCUCAAUACAACAGAGCCACAUUACAUCAGAUGUGUGAAGCCCAAUGCUGUACUGAAACCAGGGAUCUUUGAAAAUAUCAAUGUCUUGAACCAAUUGAGAUGUGGGGGUGUGCUCGAAGCGAUCAGGAUUAGUUGUGCUGGGUACCCCACAAAGAGGACAUUUGAUGAGUUCAUCGAUCGUUUUGGAAUGCUUGCACCAGAUGUUAUAGACAGCUCUGAUGAGAAGGCAGCAUGUGCAGCUAUUUGUGAUAGAAUGGGUUUGAAGGGCUAUCAGAUAGGAAAGACAAAGGUGUUCCUCAGAGCAGGUCAGAUGGCUGAGCUGGAUGCUCGAAGAAUUGAAGUAUUGGCUAAUGCUGCAAGACUUAUUCAGAGGCAGAUACGAACACAUCUGGCACGGAAAGAAUUCAUUAUUCUACGGCAAGCCUCAAUUCAGAUGCAAAAGCUGUGGAGAGCAAAACUAGCACGCAAGCUAUACGAAUAUAUGAGGAGAGAAGAUGCUUCAAUACGCAUACAGAAAUAUACACGUGCUCAUACUGCCAGAAAAACUUAUACAAAAUUGCGAACGGCAACAAAAGUUAUACAGACAGGAUUACGUGCGAUGGCAGCCCAUAAUGAGUACAGACAUAGAAGGAGAACUAAGGCUGCUAUAAUCAUUCAGACUCAAUGGCGUUUACAUCAAGCUCGAUCAGCUUAUAAACAACAAAAGAAGGCCACUCUGAUACUUCAAUGUCUCUGGAGAGCACGCAUUGCAAGAAAGGAGCUUCGGAAGCUCAGAAUGGCUGCAAGGGAGACAGGGGCACUCAAAGAAGCCAAGGACAAGUUAGAAAAACGUGUUGAGGAGCUUACAUGGAGAUUAGAAUUUGAAAAACACAUGAGGACUGACCUUGAAGAAGCCAAAGGGCAAGAAAUUGCAAAGCUACAAUCUGCAUUACAAGAAAUGCAGGAGAAGCUUGAGGAAGCCCAUGCGGCAAUCAUCAAGGAAAAAGAAGUGGCAAGAAUAGCAAUUGAACAAGCACCGCCAGUAAUCAAAGAGGUGCCUGUUGUGGAUAAUACCAAGUUAGAGUUGUUAACCAAUCGCAAUACAGAGCUAGAGGAUGAAUUAAGCAUCUUCAGAAACAGAGCUGAGGAAUUUGAGCAAAGAUAUUCUGAGGUUCAAAAACAAACUGAAGCAUUACUUAAAGAUACAGAAGAAUACCAGUCAAAAAUAAGUCAACUGCAAGAGACAAUAGAAAGACUUGAAACAAAUAUUUCUAGCAUAGAGUCCGAGAACCAGGUUCUGCGGCAGCAAGCUUUGGUUGCAUCAACAAAUGAAGAUUUGUCAGAGCAAAUCAAAAGCCUUGAGAACAAAAUUGCCACAUUGGAAUCAGAGAAUCAGUUGCUGCAAAGUCGACCAGUGGUAGUUACUCAACCAGUUGUAACUACUGAACUGGUACAACCACCAGUCAUUAAGGCCUUGGAGAACGGCCACCAAGAUGGAGAAGAAUCCAAAGUAAUAACAAAAGAGUCGCCAGUCGUCCCUCUCGCACCAGCUCUAAGCAAACAGAAGUCUCUGACUGACAGGCAACAGGAAAACCAUGAUGCACUUAUCAAGUGUCUCAUGGAGGAUAAGCGUUUUGACAAGAAAAGACCGGCUGCAGCAUGCAUUGUUUACAAGUCACUGCUCCAGUGGCACUCAUUUGAAGCAGAGAAGACAAACAUAUUUGAUCGCAUCAUUCAUACAAUCAGGUCAUCAGUUGAGAAUCAGGAGAAUGUUGGAGAACUUGCUUAUUGGCUUUCAACAACAUCUACCCUUUUAUUUCUUCUACAAAACACUCUCAAAGCAAGCAGUGCAUCAACUACAAAAUCACACCGAAGUCGAACCACAACUGUCACAUUGUUCACUAGAAUGGCACGAAACACCCGUUCAUCUUCAUCAGGAAUGGGGAUUUCCAGUGGAUACAGUGGAAUGGUAGGCAAAUCUGAUGACCAGUCCAGAGUGGAGGCAAAGUACCCAGCCUUACUAUUUAAGCAACAUCUAACUGCAUAUGUUGAGAAAAUAUAUGGAAUGAUCCGAGACAGUCUGAAGAAAGAGAUCAGUCCAUUCUUAACAAUGUGCAUACAGGCACCAAGAUCUGUACGAGCUAGAUCAAUUCGUGGAUCUUCCAAGAGUAUCCAUUCCACUAUUGUGGCAAAGCAAGCAUCGAGUAUGCACUGGCAAAGUAUUGUCAAGAGCAUGGAUCGCAUCUUGGGGAUAAUGUGUGAAAAUUAUGUGCCUUCUAUGAUAAUAAGGAAAAUUUUCAGCCAAGUAUUUGCAUUCAUAAAUGUACAACUCUUUAACAGCUUGCUACUCCGUCGGGAAUGCUGCUCAUUUAGCAACGGAGAAUUUGUUAAGGCUGGCUUGCAGGAGUUGGAACAAUGGUGCUUCAAAGCUACAGAAGAGUUUGCAGGGUCUGCAUGGGAUGAGCUCCAACACAUUAGACAAGCAAUCGGAUUUCUGGUUUUGCAUCAGAAGGCAAACAAAUCCUUGGAAGAGAUCAUGAAUGAGUUAUGCCCAGUCUUGAGCAUUCCUCAAAUCUAUCGGAUUGGAACGAUGUUUUGGGACGACAAAUAUGGAACACAAGGCUUAUCUCAAGAUGUAAUUGCUAAGAUGAGGACAUUGAUGACCGAUGACUCGAUCAACAUCCCAAAUAAUUCUUUCUUGUUGGAUGACGACUCGAGCAUACCGUUCUCGUUGGACGACAUAUCACGGUCGGUGCUGGACAUCAGCCUCGCCGACGUGGAGCCGCCACCGCUCCUCCGACACAACUCGGAGUUCCAUUUCCUCUUACAACAGCGCACGGAUUGAGAGAUUUUUUUUCCCAUUUAUUUGCAUUUUUUUCAUUCACAAAAGAAAGGGAAAGUGUAAUGUAAAUUUUUGGGUGCCAUUUUCUUGGGUGUUCCAAAAAAAAAGGUAAUUUUUUAUUUUUUUCUUCCUUGGAAAAUCACACUGAUUUUUUGAGUCAAAGGUGUGUCUUUUGGAGUUGGGUUGGGUUGGAGGGUUUGUUACAUUAAUU